UUCAAAUUUAUCUUAAUGUGAAUGUAGAUUCGUGACUCCGUAUGGUGACGGAAUAAGCAUACAAUGUGUCCCCACCCCUAUACUAUCCCUGGGAGUCGUAAGAACCGACUAUAGGAAUAUGCACAAGACGUCAGUGCAAGAGAUGGAAAACUCAAAAUUAAGCCCCGAACCAACCAGUCUAGCCAGCGUGGUACAGUAGGCUAAAUACCUUUAUGAAUAGUAACAGAGAUACCAGGCCCUUAGUACCCGGCGACCCCGCUAUUCCCGACUACAGUAGCGGUUACGGUAACGGCGGGGCAGGGGGUGCUAAGAAUACCAGGCAGAGACACGGCUACCAUCCCCAAAAACGACGACCACUGGCCCUGGUAACACACAACGUGCACACUCUGAGGCUGGACGAGAAGCUCGUCGAGCUGGAAGAAGAGAUGGACAAGCUGCGUUGGGACAUUGUUCGUUUAUCAGAAAUCCGAAGACAGGGAGAGGAUACGAUAACCUUGCAGUCCAGCCACUUGUUCUUUUACCGAGUGGGAGAGCAGAAGUCAUACAGGUUUACGCUCCCACAGACACACGCAGACGAUGAGGGGGAAGGUUUGUAUGAGGACGUCAGUAGGGUCCUACAUAGCUCCAAAAUACAUUUUACUGUUGUUAUUGGAGACUUUAAUGCGACGCUGGGCUGUACAAGCAAUGAUUAGUUGAAAGUGAAGCAAUUCGGAUAUGGGCAGCGGAACUCCAGAGGAUAGAGGUUGGCAGACUAUCUGGAGAAAGAAGGACUCUAUAUGAUGAAUUCUUUCUUUCAGAAGCCGCCUCACAGGAAAUUGACCUGGAUGAGUCCCGACGGUGUAACCAAAAUGAGAUUGAUUUUAUCAUGAGCACCACUAGACAGAUAUAUUAUAUUCAAUGAUUUCUCUGCGACCACCGAAUUUUAAGGGGCAUAUUGAGUAUCAAUGUCAGAUUGGAAAGAUCGCGUCUGAUGAAGUCCACGCUCCGGCCGCCGAAUGCACAUAUUCAAAACCCCGAAAACUUUCAACUUGAAUUGUCGAAUCGCUUUGAAGGACUAGACAGCAAAGCAUCAGUGGAUGAUAUCAACAGCAGGCUGGUGGAAACUGUCCAUGCGGUAGGGUCCAAGUAUUUUAAAGCCCACCGCAAAAAUAGAUCUCAAAAACUAUCAGACUACACCUCGAACCUCAUGGCUAGUCGACGUUCUAUGACACUCCAAACUUCUGAGGACGCUGAGUCACAUAGGCAUAGAAAGGGAAACCUGAAGACAAAAGUGUACAACCAAUGUGUGUUACUAGUGAUGACUUAAGGUUCCGAGACGUGGUGCUUCACAAGGGAUCUUUUUAGGAAGCUCAGCUUCGCGCAGCGAGCCAUGGAGAGGGCUGUGCUUGGUAUUUCUUUACGAGAUCGAAUCAGAAAUAAGGAAACCCGUAGUAGAACCAAAGUUGCUGGCAUAGCCCGUAGGAUUAGCAAGCUGAAGUGGCAGCGGGCAGGCCACAGACCGAAGCGCGAAGAUCCUCGUGUGGAGACCACAUAUUGGCAAGCGCAGUGUGGGACGGCCACCUACCAGAUGGACCGACGAGACGGUAAGAACCGCUGAGUCACAUUGGAUGCAGGUGGCAACGGACCGGCCGCACUGGACAUCAGUUGGAGAGGCUCAUGUUCAGCAGUGGACAGUGGCAGACUGAGAUGAUGAUUUUAGAUUCAUAAUGUUUAAUUAGAGCUCGAAGCAGGUGGGC